AUGCCCCACCGCCAGGGGGCGCUCGAGGGCGCCGGGAAGUGCCUCGCCUCCAGAGGGCACUCGGGAAGUGCCCUUCCACCAGAGGGCGCUCGGGAAGUGCCUCGCCGCCAGGGGGCGCUAGGGAAGUGCCUCGCCGCCAGAAGGCGCUCGGGAAGUGCCCUGCCGCCAGAGGGCGCUCGGGAAGUGCCCUGCCGCCAGAGGGCGCUCGGGAAGCGCCCCGUCGUCAGGGGGCGCUCGGGGGCGCUCGGGAAGUACCCCGCCGCCACCGCCAAGGACGAUUGGCGGACCAGGAUAUUCGCGGGCGCCCCCCACCACCCCAGACUUCCGGCGUCCCCCGAACUUCUUCCGGCGUCCCCUCCCGCUCCCCCCACCCUCCCGUCCCGGUUACCGUAUCUGCAGGCGGUCGUGGGCGUCGCGGAGCUUGGCGCGGAGGUGCCGGAUGCUGACCUCCUUCUGCUGCAGCGGCGUCAGUCGGACCCCGACACGCCCCCCGGCGGCCACGCCCACACGGCGCGCGCCCCGCCCUCGGACACGCGCCCCGCCCUCGGACGUGCCCACGUGACCCGCCCGUCAGUCACGCCCACCGUCAGACACGUCCCGCCCUGUCAGACUCGACCCGCCCCCUUCACGCCCCUACGUCAGACGCGCCCCGCCCUCGGAUGUGCCCACGUGACCAGCCCAGCGGACACGCCCACCGCCAGACGUCCCGCCCAAGGAAACGCCCCCUGUCGGCCACGCCCCCGUCACGCGCUCCGCCCUCGGACAUGCCCACGUGACCCGCCCCCCGACAGUCACGCCCCGCCCCGUCAGGCCCGCCCCCUGUCAGUCAUACCCCCGUCAAUCACAACCCCCACGUCAGACGCGCCCCUCCCCGGACGUGCCGACGUAACCCGCCCCCUGUCAAUCACGCCCAUCGUCAGACCCGCCCCGCCCCCGGUCCCGCCCCCUGUCGGUCACACCCCGUCAGACGCCCCCACGUCAGACGCGCCCCGCCCUCGGACGUGCCCACGUGACCUGCCCAGUGGACACGCCCCCCAACAGGCGUCCCGCCCCCUGUCCACCACGCCCCCGUCACGCGCUCCGCCCCCGACAGUCACGCCCGUCAGACACGCCCCGCCCCCUGUCAAUCACGCCCAUCGUCAGACCCGUCCCAUCCCCGGUCCCGCCCCCGUCGGUCACACCCCCUGCCAAUCACGCCCCCACGUCAGGCGCACCCCGCCCUCGAACGCGCCCACGUGCCCGUCCCUGUCAAUCACGCCCACCUCCGGUCGCGCCCCCUGUCGGCCACACCCCCUGUCAUUCACGCCCCCACAUCAGACGCGCCCUGCCCCGUCAGACCCGCUCCGCACCCUGUCAAUCACGCCCUCACGUCAGACGCGCUCCGCCCUCGGACGUGCCCACGUGACACGCCCACCGCCAGACGUCCCUCCCAAGGACACGCCCCCUGUCGGUCACGUCAGGCGCGCCCCGCCCAAGAACGUGCCCACGUGCCCAGCCCCGAAAGCCACGCCCACCGUCAGACCCGCCCCACCCCCGGUCCCGCCCCAUCAGUCACACCCCCUGUCAAUCACGUCCACCGUCAGACACGCUCCGCCCCCGUCAAUCACGCCCAUCGUCAGACACACCCCUCCCCCGGUCACACCCCCUGUCGGUCACGUCCCCACGUCAGACGUGACCCUCCCCUUGUCGGUCACGCGCCCCUCCCCGAACACGCCCCCUACCCUCCCCCUGUCAGUCACGCGCCCCGGCAGACCCGCCCCGUCCCUGGACACGCCCCCUGUCGGUCGCGCGCCCCGCCAGACCCGCCCGCCCCACCGUCCUCCGACCCGCACCACCCCUGGACACGCCCCCUGUCAAAAACACGCCCCGCCCCCUGUCGGACACGCGCACCGUCAGACCCGCCCCACCCCCGUCUGUCACGCGCCCCUUCAGACCCGCCCCGCCCCCGUCAGUCACACCGCGUGUAAGACCCGCCCCCGUCAGUCGCACCCCUUGUGUCAGACCCUCGCCCCGUCAGACUCGCCCCGCCCCCGUCGUCCCGGGCACGGCCCCCAGACCCGCCCCCUCAGGCCCGCCCCGCUCCCCGUCAGUCAGACCCGCCUCAACCCCUGUCACAGUUCCGCCUCGCCCCCCUCAGUCAGACCCGCCUCAACCCCCGUCACGCACGCCCCCUGUCAGUCCCGCCCCGCCCCGUCUGUCAGUCACGGGCACGCCCCGUCAGACCCGCCUCACCCCUCAGACCCGCCUCACCCCGUCAGACAGUCCCGCCCCCCGUCGCCAGUCACAGGCACGCCCUGUCAGGCCCGCCCCGCCCCCCUGUCAGUCAGACCCGUUUAA